GAGGAAGAAAUAGAAGGAGAAGCAGAAGAAGCUUUGGGAAGGAAGCGAGCUUGAGAGGUGCGUAAAUGGCGAUUUGUGUAGAUGGAAAAGGGAUUUAAAGAGGGUUUGAAGCGAAUCGGGUUUGAAUCCGGUUGUAAUUGACAAUGAUGCUUGUAAGAAUGCAACCAUUAUUCAGCUCCGGUUUUACUGGGAUUAUUUAUUUUCAUGAAGAUCCAAUGAACAGAUUUACAAAUAACAUCAGGAUCUUCUUCUUUGGUAGAAACGAUGAAGGAAAUCAUAAAAAGCUAUAGGCACUAUGACAGUUUAGUUGCAGCCAAACAUCUGGUGAGCAAAGGGCGAAUUACACCUCUUGCUGAAGGAUGCAGAGGUUCAUUAUCUGAGAAAAUAAUCAAAGACCACAAACUGUGUGGGAAAUUGAUGAAAGAAAGCACAAACCUGGCUUCAUGCUUCACACAUUGGGUUGGCCAUUGGACAGCAAGACAUAUGGGGGAUCCUUUCUUUACCACAUGAAAGAUAGGCAGGUAGUCCCGUUUUCUUUUCUGCCUUUUCUUUUUUCAUUUCUUAACUGAAUAAGCAAUGAAAAUCUCAACUAAUGGAGCCACAAAUAAAUCAACAUAGCAUUUUGAUGAUUGAUUGUCCUCAUUAUUGAUAAUUCCUGGAACAUUUGCUUGAAGUUUUAUGGAAAAUUGGUGAAUUUGGGCCAAUGUAAGAUUAUAUAAGCAUGAAACGAAAUCUUGCUUAGUGUUGACUAUGCCUUACUC